UCAUGUUCGCCAUUAUCUCUUACAUCGACCCCAUAACUGUCGAAUUGUAAGACUCCUUUUCCGAGGAGACUCUUCCAUCCUCUUUCACAACUUCAGCGAAACAACAUGCGUGAGUGCAUCUCCAUCCACGUCGGUCAGGCCGGUGUUCAGAUCGGCAAUGCCUGCUGGGAGCUCUACUGCCUGGAGCACGGCAUCCAGCCGGACGGACAGAUGCCGAGUGACAAGACCAUUGGAGGAGGAGAUGACUCCUUCAACACCUUCUUCAGUGAGACCGGAGCAGGAAAGCACGUCCCCAGAGCCGUUUUUGUAGACCUGGAGCCCACUGUCAUCGAUGAGGUUCGCACUGGAACYUACCGCCAGCUGUUCCACCCGGAGCAGCUGAUCACUGGGAAGGAAGAUGCUGCCAACAACUACGCCAGAGGACACUACACCAUUGGCAAAGAGAUCAUCGACCUGGUUCUGGACAGGAUCCGUAAACUGGCUGACCAGUGCACAGGCCUGCAGGGCUUCCUGGUCUUCCACAGCUUCGGUGGAGGAACCGGUUCUGGCUUCACCUCCCUGCUGAUGGAGCGUCUCUCYGUCGACUAUGGAAAGAAGUCCAAGCUGGAGUUYUCCRUYUACCCAGCUCCCCARGUGUCCACUGCKGUUGUGGAGCCCUACAACUCCAUCCUGACCACCCACACCACCCUGGAGCACUCCGACUGUGCCUUCAUGGUGGACAACGAGGCCAUCUACGAUAUCUGCCGCAGGAACCUGGACAUCGAACGCCCCACCUACACCAACCUGAACAGGYUGAUCRGUCAGAUYGUGUCCUCCAUCACUGCGUCUCUCCGUUUUGAUGGUGCCCUGAAUGUUGAUCUGACUGAGUUCCAGACCAACUUGGUGCCAUACCCUCGUAUCCACUUCCCUCUGGCCACCUACGCCCCUGUGAUCUCUGCAGAGAAGGCUUACCAUGAGCAGCUCUCAGUGGCAGAGACUGUGGUUCCUGGUGGUGACCUCGCCAAGGUCCAGAGGGCUGUGUGCAUGCUGAGCAACACCACUGCCAUUGCAGAGGCCUGGGCUCGGCUGGAUCACAAGUUUGACYUGAUGUACGCCAAGCGUGCRUUCGUCCACUGGUAUGUGGGUGAGGGAAUGGAGGAGGGAGAGUUCUCCGAGGCCAGGGAGGACAUGGCAGCUCUGGAGAAGGAUUACGAGGAGGUUGGAGUCGACUCCAUUGAGGGUGAGGGAGAGGAGGAAGGAGAAGAAUAUUAAAAGAACCACAGAGAAGUCAGGAAAGCAGAAAGUGAUUACAUGCACUGUGUUCUUGAAUGCAUUCCAAACAGAGAUGUUCGUCCAUCAAAGUAUCAUGUUUGCCGUUUGAAUAAAACUCCUGAAAUGAUCAA